AUGGUGAUCAAGAUCCGCCUAGCGCGCUUCGGGCGCCGCAACUUUCCCAUUUACAACAUUGUCGUCGCGCACGCCCGCACGGCGCGCAACUCGAAACCUCUCGAAGUCAUUGGCACGUACGACCCGGUGCCCAAGGCCGACCCGUACGCGGCAGCCCCCGCGGCCGGCGGCUCCCGGCCGGCGCUGCACAAGGACGUCCGGCUCGACACGCAGCGCGCGCGGUACUGGAUUGGCGUCGGCGCGCAGCCGACGGAUACCGCGUGGCGGCUGCUCAGCAUGGUCGGCGUCCUGCCGAAGAAGCAGUUUGGCCCGGUGCGCCCGCCGCCGACGACGACGGUGGACGUCAAGGAUGUGCGUAUCCGUUGA